AUGUGUGACGACGAAGAGAGCACUGCCCUUGUGUGUGACAAUGGGUCCGGUCUCUGCAAGGCAGGCUUCGCCGGGGACGACGCCCCCAGAGCAGUAUUCCCCUCCAUCGUGGGCCGUCCCAGACAUCAGGUGAGCCGCCAUUCAUCCAUUAAUAGACAGGCUGGAUGUAACCGACUUCUGAUUGGGUGAUGAGAAUGCAUCCACUUUUUGUGCAUAGUCUUUCAUGGUCCUUGGUAUAUUCUUAAUUUUAAAGCAUUAUUGUUUUAUUUUAUUUUUCCCAAUAUGGUUUAAGGCUCAACACAGCAAGGCCUAUUUGUUGAAUUUCAGUGCUAGCAAUGGCAUCCACUUUACAGUGUGGUGAGUGUGCUUCUGACCAGCCGGUUCCUCUCCCCAGGGUGUGAUGGUGGGUAUGGGACAGAAAGACAGUUAUGUGGGUGACGAGGCACAGAGCAAAAGAGGUAUUCUGACCCUGAAGUACCCCAUCGAACACGGCAUCAUCACAAACUGGGAUGACAUGGAAAAAGUAAGCCUACCACACCCUACCCCACCUAGCCCACCCUACCACACCCUACCCCACCCCACCCUACCACACCCUACCCCACCCCACCCUACCACACCCUAGCCUACCACACCCUACCCCACCCUACCACACCUGAGACAACAAUGACACAGACUCAUGAUUCAGACGAUUUUAAAACAAUACAAUUGGAAAACAGUGACACACUCUAACAUGGAAUUUUAUGUACUUUGUGAUUAUCCAUCAUGGCACCAAAAAAGUAGCCCCUCAGCCAACACAACUCCCCAGGUGGCACUUUGGGAUCCAUCCAGAGGCAUUUAGAUCCAGGAUCUAUUCUCAGAACUAUUACAUGAUAACAGAACGUGGAGUUAGCUAAAGAGGCCCCAGGCAUGUUCAGAGAUGUUAUGCUAAUUAUUGCCGAUGAUUGGCAGAUCUGGCAUCACUCCUUCUACAACGAGCUCCGCGUAGCCCCUGAGGAACACCCCACCCUGCUGACAGAGGCCCCCCUCAAUCCCAAAGCCAACAGGGAGAAGAUGACCCAGGUGAUGAUUACAUACACUACAGCUGGGACUUGUUCCAAUGUAUAUCUUCAACCCAGCCUUUUAAGACUGUGUAAUACACUUGAUAUAAACAGUAGGAAUUUGUUACAUGAUGCUGAGUGUAUGAUUGGUGCAAUUGGAAUGAUAUGCUCACUGUCAACAUGUUAGUGUGAGAAAUAACACUGUAACCUAAACAAAUGCUCCUGUUCUAGAUUAUGUUUGAGACCUUCAACGUUCCAGCCAUGUAUGUAGCUAUCCAGGCCGUGCUGUCACUUUAUGCCUCUGGCCGCACAACAGGUCAGUAUAGGACACCAGUCAAAACCAGCCUCAUUUUACACUGACCAUUCAGUCCCACUGAGCCCUAACCUUGUAUCCUCCCAAAACUGUCCUCCCAAACCUGUGUCCUCCUAAACCUGUGUCCUCCCAAUCCUGUGUCCUCCCAAUCCUGUGUCCUCCCAAACCUGUGUCCUCCUAAACCUGUGUCCUCCUAAACCUCCACAGGUAUUGUCCUUGACUCUGGUGAUGGUGUCACCCACAACGUCCCCAUCUAUGAGGGUUAUGCCCUGCCCCACGCCAUCAUGCGUCUGGACCUGGCUGGCCGUGAUCUCACUGACUACCUCAUGAAGAUCCUGACCGAGCGGGGCUACUCAUUCGUCACCACUGGUCAGUAGAAACUCUGGGAUGCUAUGAACUCUGGGACGCUAUUCUCUCGUACUGUACAGUGCAUGACUUUUAAGCAGAGGCCUAUGCAGAUAAAGAAGUGUUUUUCUGCCAAACUACAAAUCAAUCUAAGUUCUUGUUCUAACCUUCCCCCUAUUCUCCUAUCUCUAGCUGAGAGAGAAAUAGUUCGUGACAUCAAGGAGAAGUUGUGCUACGUCGCCCUGGACUUUGAGAAUGAGAUGGCCACCGCUGCCACCUCCUCCUCUCUGGAGAAGAGCUAUGAGCUGCCCGACGGUCAGGUCAUCACCAUCGGUAACGAGAGGUUCCGCUGCCCCGAGACCCUCUUCCAGCCCUCCUUCAUCGGUAAUCCCUCGCUCUUUUUCCACUCUCUGCAUUUGCCUUUCUCUCAACAGUUUGAAACAAAUAUCUAUUCUCCCGACUGUCUCUUGUGACUCAGUGUGAUUUCCUCUGAUUUCUCCCCAGGUAUGGAGUCUGCCGGUAUCCAUGAAACCACUUACAACAGCAUCAUGAAGUGUGACAUUGACAUCCGUAAGGACCUGUACGCCAACAACGUCCUGUCAGGAGGUACCACCAUGUACCCUGGCAUCGCAGACAGAAUGCAGAAGGAGAUCACAGCCCUGGCCCCCAGUACCAUGAAGAUCAAGGUGUGUAGAAGCUACUAACAUAGAGUUAACGUGCAUGUCAUAAUGAGAUACUAUACAGUGAUUUGAAUUUGUUCAACAUAAUAGUCCUCCUAACUGCCAUUCACAGCCAGUAAUGAUAUUGGCCCAUUUCAACGUUGACGCAAUUAUCCUUUCUAGUUUUGACCUGGUUUCUAUUAAUAGAAAUCAUUGUCUUGAUAAGUGUUUCAAGAUUUCACGCAAGUUGUUGAGGCCCAAUCUGAAGCUGAAUGUCACUGAUAUUGUCUGACGAAGCUUUAGUGUACUGAAUCUAUUUACUACACGUAUGUGAUUUACUCAUUCAGUGUAUUAAAUGAUAUCUUCUGAUACCAGAUUAUCGCCCCACCUGAGAGGAAGUACUCGGUCUGGAUCGGUGGCUCCAUCCUGGCCUCCCUCUCCACCUUCCAGCAGAUGUGGAUCAGCAAACAGGAGUACGACGAGGCCGGCCCUUCCAUUGUGCAUCGCAAGUGCUUCUAA